UGUAUAAAGUUACACGGAUAUAUGCUUCGGUUAGCUUGUGGCGCCAAAGUGUCACCUAGUCGGUGAGUCACUCCUUUCCGAGCAAAAAUCCGAAACGAUGACUCUCUGCAACUCAUUUCUCCUCAAAACCCCAAUCUUCCCUCACUCCCAUUUCUUCACUCACCAAUUUCCCACCAAACCCAUCUUCUCCCUUUCCUGCUCCGCAACCCCCUCUUCCUCCUCCUCCUCCUCCUCCGUGCCUGACCCCAAAACCAACGCCAACGACGGCGAAGCCGCCAAUGGCGGCGGUGAGCCGAAGAGCAAGAGGCUUUCGGACCAGUCCUCGUGGGAGGCCAAGGACUCUGUGGGCGAGGACUACUUAUACAGGCUCGGCAAAGAGGCCGACAACAUGAACAUCGCCGUCGGAGCCCGGGCCGGCGUCGUCGAUGACCUUUUCGUCGGGAAAUUCCUCGGCCGUGACUCCGAUAUCGUUUUUGAUUAUCGCCAGAAGGUCACCAGGUCCUUCCAGUACCUCCAAGGCGAUUAUUACAUUGCGCCUCUCUUCAUGGAUAAAGUCGUAUGCCAUAUGGCGAAGAACUACCUUGCUCAUAUUCUCAAUACGAAAGUUCCUUUGAUUCUAGGUAUUUGGGGAGGAAAAGGCCAAGGAAAGUCUUUUCAGACUGAACUUGUAUUUCAAGCUAUGGGAGUUGAACCUGUAGUUAUGUCUGCUGGGGAAUUAGAAUCAGAAAGAGCUGGGGAACCAGGGAAAUUGAUACGGGAACGCUAUAGAACAGCUUCUCAAGUUGUCCAGAACCAAGGCAAGAUGAGCUGUUUGAUGAUCAAUGACAUUGAUGCUGGGCUCGGUAGAUUUGGAAACACUCAGAUGACAGUCAAUAAUCAAAUUGUUGUUGGAACUUUGAUGAAUCUAUGUGAUAAUCCUACAAGAGUUAGUAUUGGACAAGACUGGCGAGAAUCAGAUAUCACAAACAGAGUUCCUAUCAUUGUUACAGGAAAUGAUUUUUCAAAAAUUUAUGCUCCCUUAAUCCGUGAUGGAAGGAUGGAAAAGUUUUAUUGGCAACCUAAUCGUGAGGAUAUCAUUAACAUUGUUAACAGAAUGUAUGAGAAAGAUGGCAUAUCCAGGGAUGAAGUUGUAAGUAUAGUUGACACUUUUCCUAACCAAGCACUGGAUUUCUAUGGAGCUCUACGGUCUCGAACAUAUGAUCGGUCAAUUUCUAAGUGGAUUGAUGAUAUUGGCGGUGUUGAAAGUCUUGGAAACAAACUUGUGAAGCGAAGAAAGGAUGACAAUCUUCCUGUAUAUACUCCUCCAAAGCAAACGAUGGAGGCUUUGCUUGAAUCCGGGUAUUCUCUGCUGAAAGAACAGCAGUUGAUAAUGGAGACCAAACUUUCAAAGGAAUACAUGAAGAACAUGGAUGAUUAGAACUUGUAGUAUCAUAUCAUUUUAAUAUGUUUUGUCAUGCUCUUUGGCUUGUUGGGUGUGCAUAGUUGUAAUCCUACAAGUGCCAUUUUUAAGGGGUUCUGCAGAUAUUUCACUUUCAUCUUCCAUUUAAAAGCACAACUGUGAGAAGAAUUGCAAUUUUGUUAGGGGAAUGGUUCUGUAUGAUCUAUAAGCAAUUUGGUAAA